CCCUGUUUGGGGGCGUGGUCACCGCCGGGGGCGUGUCCUGCCCGGGCAGCCCCUGGUGCGGCGCCCCCGGCCCCGGCCAUGCCGCCCGCCCGCGCCGAUUACCUGGCGCCCUGGUGGGCGGCCUGGCUGCACGGGCUCCCGCACCGCGACCUGCGCCUGCAGCCCGUGCCCGCCUCCUUCCGACCGCGGGACCCCGACUACCAGCAGUCGCUGAUUUUCCUAGGCUUGGUGGCUGCCGUUUGCCUCGGCCUCAACCUCCUCUUCCUCACCAUCUACCUGAUCUGCCUGUGCUGCUGCAAGAAGGACCAGGAGCCCGACAGCAAGCGGCCCCGCUCCUGCUGCAUCACCUGGAUGGCCGUCACCGCCGGGCUCAUCUGCUGCACAGCCGUUGGCAUCGGCUUCUAUGGGAACAGUGAGACCAACGAUGGAGUGUACCAGCUGCUCUAUGCCCUGGACCACGCCAACGACACCCUGACCGACAUCGACUCGCUGGUGGCAGGCACUACGCUGCAGAUGCAGGUGGGCUUGGAGCAGCACCUGGCACGGUUGAACGAGCUCUUGGCCACGCGGGGGGACUACCUGCAGACCCUCAAAUUCAUGCAGCAGUUGGCAGGCAGCAUUGUCCUGCAGCUCUCGGGGCUGCCCACCUGGCAGGGUGCCAGUGCCAACCUCACCGAACUUUCCAACCAAGUCGCCUACGUCGAGUAUUACCGGUGGUUGGCUUAUCUGCUCUUCUUCAUCCUCGUCCUCACCAUCUGCCUCCUGGCGUGCCUGGGGCUUGCCAAGCGCUCCCGCUGUCUCCUCACCAUGAUGCUGUGCUGUGGGCUGCUGACACUCGUCCUCAGCUGGGCCUCCAUGGCCGUGGACAUGGCAGCAGCAGUGGGCACCAGUGACUUCUGCGUGGCCCCAGACAAGUUCAUCGUGAACCAGACAGAAAGCGACAUCAGCACAGUGGUGGUUCACUAUUACCUGUACUGUGACCAGAGCCUGAGCAACCCCUUCCAGCAGGCUCUCACCGUCUUCCAGCGUUCGCUCACCACCAUGCAGAUCCAGAUCCAGGGCCUGAUACAGUUUGCGCUGCCCGUCUUCCCAACAGCCGAGAAAGACCUCCUGGGUGUCCAGCAGCUCCUCAACUCCUCAGAGACCAGCCUCCACCAGCUCACGGCCAUGCUGGACUGCCGAGGGCUGCACAAGGACUACCUGGAUGCCCUUAUUGGCAUCUGCUAUGACGGGGUGGAGGGUUUGCUCUACCUGGUCCUCUUCUCCCUGCUGGUGGCCGCUUCCUUCUCCACCAUCAUCUGUGCCAUGCCGCGUGCCUGGAAGCACUUUGUUGGCCGGGACCGGGACUACGAUGACAUGGAUGAGGAAGACCCCUUCAACCCGCAGGCGCGUCGCAUCGCCACCCACCACCCGGCUCGGGGGCAGCUCCGUAGCUUCUGCAGCUACAGCAGCAGCCUGGGCAGCCAGAGCAGCCUGCACCCACCGGCACAGACCAUCUCCAAUGCCCCUGUCUCCGAGUACAUGAACCAAGCCGUGCUCUUCGGUGGAAACCCACGCUACGAGAACGUCCCCCUGAUUGGCAGAGGCUCUCCUCCUCCCACGCAUCCAUUAUUUUGGAGCUAAGUUGCCCAUCAAGAUACUCCCCGAGCAUGCGAGCCACGUACCUGGCCGUCACCGAUGAGCACGGCAGGCACCACAGCACCGACUUCCCAGCCUAACGCGCUCACCCUGAGCAGCUCACGGGAGGAGAGAAUGCCACCAGUGUUCCUGUAACGGGAAACUCAAGACACCUGGAAAAGACAUUGUGGGAAGCCCGGUGGCAGCUGGAGAAUGAGUCCUGGCACUGGGGAGCCCCGUGCUCUCCACCUGCCCUGCGCACCCUCUUCUUCCCCUCUCAGUAGCUCCUGCUCAGUCUCAAGUCUUCCUGCCUUACAGCUGACAGCGAUUCUGGGGCCAAACGCCGUCCGGCAGCGCCAAGGUCUGGCUCCUGGUGCUCCGGGAAGACCAGAGAUGCUUCACGCCCCUGCGUCAGCUUCUCCUUUCCCUUCCUGUCUGCACCAGCUCGGGGAUGUUUUACACCAUGGAGGGGAGCCUUCUCCAGCUCCCUCUGCCUGGAGCACCGACCUGGGGCGCACGGGCUGCUCCCCACCCCUUCGGGGAGGGCUCUGGGGCAUUGGCUCCUUCGCUCCCGUAGCAAUGCAGUACCAACCACUAGUGAUCCCAGUCCCUUCCCAGACCCCCUUCCUGCCCCCCAUCCCAGCUUCCCCAGGUUCACAGGCUGUACAACAGGGAUGGGUUGGCCUUGCUGGUUUUCCUUUGCUUUGCUUCUGGGUUUUCUGAUUUCUCUGCAGGGCGGACACGCGGCCGCUGCCUCUGUCCUGGUAGGGUUUCACUGCCGUGCAUGUUUGUAGCAGGUCUUUGGCUGGUUUGUAGGCUCUUUUUGGUGAUUUGGCUCCCCAGCGAGGGCAGUCCGGCAGUGUGGGCUGGGGCAGGCUCCCCUCCCCCUGCAGGAUGGCCACAAAUCCCCUGGGAGAGUCUUUUAGGGACUACUCAGGUGUCUCUGGGGCAGGACGUGGUUCCAGGUUGAGGAGGGCAUGGCCCUGCCUGGCAUUGCCAGGCCUUCUGGCGGAGCAGCUCUGGGAUACAAGGAGCUGGGGCAACCAGCAGGAGCUGACCCCCCUCCUUUGUGGCUGCCUGUUUCGGCACGCGCUGCCCCAGGAAAGCCAGGAGGAUGGGAGCAAAGGCUCCUUCCUCCCAGCAGCCACUCACUUGCCGUGGGCAGGGAGAGUCCCUGCUCCGUCUCUCCAUCUGGGCAUGGGACACAGGUCUGCCAGCCCACAGGGUGCGGGCAGGGUCAUGGGUCUUACCCUGCCUGCUCAUUCUUUUGGUCCCACUCUCUGCUUCCAGGGUGAGUUCAGCUCUCGUAACCACAUUUGACACCGUGGCAGUGGCUCAGCCAGCACUGGCUUUGCUGCUGACUGCCAAGGCGGUACCCGUGCUGUGGGAAGGCAAAGGCUUUCCCUGGCUGAUUGCAAUGAGCAGCCGUUCUCCAUCCCUGCCUCCCUGCUUUGGCUAACGGCAGGUAGCCAAGGUGGUCCAAGUGUCCCCUGUCUGGGGACCCCCAGCUGGGGUCUGAUUUGAUAGCAGUGACUCACUGUGUCCUUUAAAGAUCCCUUGUCCAUCCCUGUGGUCCCCUAACAUCCUCUGUCCCUGUCCCGUGUGACUGGCAUUCCUUGCUGUUGGAAUCUGCCAGGGGAUUUUUAUUUCUUUGGUCAGCUUUUAACGUUUCGAUGUAACGGUACUGGUAGAGCUGUUUUUAACCGCAUGUGAACUAACCUUGUGAGGACUCCGUGUAGGAGCCAGAAUCCGGCCCGAUUUGUAUG